GGCCUGCUGCCUGGGAGAGGACAGAAACUUCAGGGGCACAAAGGAGCCUGAGACACCAUCUACCUUCCCAUCCCCAUGAUUGAUGUACCUACUGUGUGCCCAGUGCAGGGAGCAUGCUGAUGGGGGUGGGGGUUUGUUGCUGGGAUGGGGGCAGUUAUAAAUCAGGCCGCCCUUUUAAAGUGUUAGAGCUUCUUAAGCCAUUAGAGACCAAAUCCCCAGCCCUGUGUUUUGUGCUGAAAGUUGGGGGUACAUGUGUGUGCGUGAGCGCCUAUUCCAGCGAGGGGCGGUAUGCGGGCACCCACCUCCCCAGGGAGCUGGACCAGGACCUGGAGCAGGUUGGGAGCUGGGCUCGGGUGGACCAGGCAGGUCAGCGAUUCUGGGCUGCUCCCCGUGACAGGCGGCUUCUGUGGCUGCACAGUGGCUUCUGCAUGGAUCGCAGGAUGUGCAUGAGCCCAGCUCCUUCCUGUCCUGGGAAGAAGCCUGGAGGGCAGCCGGGAGCAGGUGGUUCUGUGUUUCCUUCUUGCUCUGGGAUCCGCUUCUUCCGAGCCUGCAGGCAUCUUAGAAGGUGUUUGGGGACACCUCCGUCUUCCUGCCGGAACCCAGAUUCUUCCUCUUUGAGUUCAGGCCUCAGAAGGAGGGUGUUCCAUGCUAUGGGCAGCCGUGGCUCUCUCCCAGGGGCUGGGGCAGGGCUGGCCCCGACUGCAAGUGUGAGCACAUGUAACUCUUCCCUGCUUGAAGUGCGACAGUACCUUCCUGUUCCAGCUUGAGCUCCUUUCUGACCCAAAACAGCUGCCUCUGGGACUCGGUGACUAUCAGCCCGUGGCCUCUGGAGCCUGCAGACCUGGGUUCAAGUCUUGACUGUCACUUACCAGUGGCUCCAUCUUGGCUAGAGACAUCCUCUUCCCGAGCCUCCAGUUUCCUCAUCUGGAAAAUGGGAAUAAUACUGCCUAAGGCAGUGCCGAUGCGCAGGGGGGUCCCCCUGCACUCUCUGCUGUCCUCACAGCCAUCCUCAGGUUGGGACUGAAGUUAGUCCUGCUUCAUAGAUGGCGAAACUGGCAAAGGUUUAAAAAAAACGUUAACAACCUGUCCAGGCAGCUGAAGUGACGGGAUUUGAACCCACGCAGGCUGGCUCAGGAACGGACACACAGCACCGCUUCCUGGGUGGGCAAGGAGGAAGGGUGCCCCUCGUGGUCCUCAGAGCCCCGCGUGAGGAUAGUCGGGUGUCGGUCACAGAUUUUCCUGCCGUGUGCUCCUGACUUCGGGCACCAGUGUUUUGUAACUGGGUGUGCUGUCUGGCCGUUUUAUACCUGUGACGAUGAAGAGGCUCCCGCUCUGUGGGUUGCCAGGGGGUGGAGACCCAAACAAGGGCAAGGGGUCAGAGGGACUGUCCCCUCCUCGUUUCUGGGGGCUGGGGCACUGCAGCCCAUCAGGGUCGUGCCGCCUCCCCCAGGCAUCGCUGAGACGGGUGCAGGGCCGGGCAGCCGGGCUCAGCCUCCUCCCCGCGCCCACCUGCCUGGCCCGAGAGCUGGGCCGUCAGCGUCCCUUUUGUCUUUGCAAACAAUUGGGCCGGGAGCUCGGCAGGCCUGACUCAGCGGUCAGUUUUGUCAGCUCCGGGCUGGCAGCGAGGCCCGGCCGGCCGGUGGCUGGCUGAGGGCACGGAGGGAGCUGGCCCUGGUGGCUCAGGGUUUGCAAACCCGUUAACUCUCUCCUGCCUGGCGGAACUUUCCCCAGACUUUCUGGCCCCGAUACGCGCCUUGGACAGCUCUAAAGAUUCCACAGCCCCGCUUUGGGGCAGGGCCACUGCGGAGUCCUCACCUGGCUGGGUCAUAGGUGUCGGCGUGGAAAGGUUUGCCGAAGAAGCUUUAUGCUCCCUGCUUUUGGCUCAGAUUCCCUGUCCCCAGCCAUCUCUCAGAAGCUGACCGGACCGGGGUGUUUCUCUCAUGUAACUGGACGUGGGCUGAGGUCUGGGUGUGAGAAGGCUUCCUUGGCAGGUGGCAGGGGGCUUUAUCACAGGGGGCGGACGACAUAGACGUCCUUGGCUGAUGGGGCGGGACAGUCGGCAGCCUGCAGGCAGGAGAGAAAGGCACGUUCCGGGCAGAGUGUUGGGUCUGGCUUGGAAGGUAUGUCCUGGUGUCCGGGCUGUCUCUCCCCUGCCAGGAGCUGGGGUCUGUCCUGGGCCUGGCUGCUCUCAGAGCCCCACCUGGGGUUAUUUUUGAAGGGACAGCUGCCUCUGGGCACAGCUUCCCUGAUCCCGUUCUUAAGGGGGCCUUGCUGGGGGCUCCACACCCAUUUACCACAAGCCUCGCUCUGGGCCAGGCAUGGGGCCAGGCCCUGGGGGUCCAGAGGGCAGGACGGGGUCCUGGACUGCGGGGUGGUAGGCAGGCCUUGUGCUGGAGCAGAGACCCAGGGGCCUGCCUGGGCUUGCGGCCAGCCCCGGACCUGCUCUCUGGGCUCAUCUCCCUGUCCGCGUGGUGGGGACCGUGUUGGUGCCACCUCUUUGGCCUGCCCGGGGGCAGUGCAUGCCUGUGUGCAGAGCUGGUCGAUGGGGGCCUGGCCCUCGAGAAGAGAGCGGUGUACCCGUGACUCAUUUCCCAGCCCCUUGACAUGGUCUGUCGCCCCUGCUCCUGUGCCGGCACCGGGCGAGGGCUCAGCAGGCCCUGAACUGGGGAUUCUGACACCCUCCUCCCUUCCCCGAGGCCCCCCGCACCCUCGCUCUGACCAGCUCUUAGGCAGAUCGGCAUCCCCGGGACUGACCAGGGCCUGAUCGCGUGCAGCCCCACUUGGCCUCCAGUUUCAGAGAUCCCUGCACCCUCUGUGUGAGGGUCCCCAGCGUCAGGUUGGGAGCCGCUGCCCUUGUGUUACUCAGGCCGAGGGGUCUGAGUGCAGCGCCUGUGUCCCCAGGGCGGGAGGGGGGCUAGAGGGUGACAGGACGCGUCAGUUUGCCGAAAGCACGGAGCACAUGGGGCUCGGUGAAUGGAGAGAGCUGUUUCUAGACACUUUCAUUCAUCAAGUUGUGUACUUAUUGAGUGCCGGCUGUAUGCCAGGCCUUGUGCCCGGGGAACUCUGAAUAAGAGAGACAUGGCCGGGUCUCCGUCUCACUUCUGAGGGGGAAGCUAGGCUGUUGAAAGUCCAUCUGUGCACGCGAGGGCCUGAGGCGGGCGCGGGGGCUGCUGGCGGAGGGAGGGCCAGAUGGGGCCCGUGGACCUGCCUUGAGAUCGUCGCGGUAGGUGGAGGAUUUGGGUGUGAGAGGUAGACUGACACGCCGAAAAACGGUGCAGUAUUCAGCCACGGCCUGGGUCCCAGCUCAUAGCAAGGUGGAGUGUGGGGCUCCUGGACUGGAAAACACAUUGGGUUAUGAGAUGUCACCCCUGGAGACACCGUGGCAGGGCACGUGGGGCCCCUGUACUGUAUUUGCACUUUCUGGGAACUUUAUCAUCAUUUCCUACUACGAUGUCAAUAAAGCCAGGACAUCACAGAGCCCUGAACGGGGGUCGGCGCCGUGGGGGUGGGGCGGCACCUUCGGGGGAGGGGGCAGGAAGUGAGGUCAGAGCUGGAGGAGGCCGUGGGGCUGCAGUGCCCUCCCCGCGUGCCAUCACGUGGUUUGUUUUUACUUUCAGGGUGUCUGGGGUGGCCCUUGCCCCCCUCCCCCCCCACAGUCGCUUCCUGUUUGGCACUCGCUGGAGCGAGGCGUGGGCCCGCGUGUGGCCCUGCCCGGCGGGCGGCCCGUGCACACCUGUUGUUUGUCCCCGUCGGCUGCGACAGAAACCAGCCUCUGGGGCGGUUCUUGGGCUCCUGUCCAAGGAUGAGCUGCUGGCCCGGCCCCGCUGGCCCUGGCAGGAGGGGCCCCCCGUGCCCAGGGCCUCGCCCGGAAGCCUCGGGCCCCAGGGGAGAGGCUGGACCACACUCAGGCUGACACGGGCGUCUGACUCGGCCCCAGGGCUCACCCCCCACUACAUCUACCCACAAGCCAUCGUCCAGCCCAGCGUGGUGAUCCCGGCCGCCCCGGUCCCGUCGCUGUCCUCGCCCUACAUCGAGUACACGCCGGCCAGCCCGGCCUACGCCCAGUACCCGCCGGCCACCUACGACCAGUACCCGUACGCCGCCUCGCCCGCCACAGCCGCCAGCUUCGUGAGCUACGGCUACCCGGCCGCCGUGCCCCAGGCCCUCUCGGCCGCAGCCCCCGCGGGCACCGCCUUCGUGCAGUACCAGCCUCCGCAGCUGCAGCCGGACAGGAUGCAGUGAGGGCCGCUCCGGCCACCGCGGCCCCGUCGCCACGUGCUGGGCGGGCGCUGGCCGAGCCCCGGGGUGCACGCCUGCACCUGUGCCUCGGGAGACCCCGCGGGGCCCCGCCUGCACCCCGAACGCCCAGAGACCACUUCUCUUUACACCCAGGACCGUCGUGUCUGGAGAGAGGACUUCGAGAGGAAAGAAUGACUGCGAGCUAGUUGAACAUCGGCAAGAACCCACACACGCCGCCGGCCUCUCCCUUCACCGUCCCCGCCCUGCGCCCCCCGGGAGCCCCGGGGCGGUCCCCCCGCAUCGGCCGGGCCUUCCGGACCUCCCACAGAUCCCAGCCGCCCUUUGGGGUGAGCAGAAACUUUGUCCCGCUCGGAGAGGCCUUUCCCGCUCGGGGGGGGGAGCCCAGAAGCGCGCGGCGGCUCGCUGUCACUCCAUCUGCGCGACGGAACCGGGAAACUGGGAACCCGCGUCGGGGGGAAACGCCGCCUCCUGAAGUCCCGUUUUCUACGUGAUGCCCUGGGGGCGGCUUCCUGCAGACCGCCGCCCGUGGGGCCACCGGCCAUCAGCGACCUGCGCCAGGGCGGCCGGCCGAAGUCCUUUCUGUCAAAGCACUGCGACUUUUUUCUUACCGUCAUUGUUUUGCUACUAAGAUGAUUUCAGAGUUUCAGUCUAUUUUUUCAGCGGAGACUCCCACCACCGAGAAUCCAAAACCUGUUUUUUGA